UGCGAUGACGCCUAAAAUUUCGCUGUAAUUUUUCUCCUCCUGCUCGCUGUUGCUCUUCUCCUCCGAUGUAAACCAUCUUGAGGGGGUUGUUGAAGCAUUAUUUUUCCUCUCUCUUUUUAUUUAAUUUAUUUGUCAGCUCGUUCUAGAUGUUAUUAACCGUUUAUUUUCCUCCACCUCCUUCGGACCAUUUCCUCCUCGCCUGACCGCAUAGUUUAGAUGUUUUUUUCGUUGCUCCUUCUUGUUUCAUGUCGGUGCAUCCCGCCUCCCUGUGCUCUCAAUAGAUGGUGCAAGUUAAAAUGUCCAAAUCGCCCGUAGAGCCUCUGUCUGCUGUGGAAACCGGCUCUCAGUCGCAUUAUUUUCAGUUGCCCAGGAAGUUGCCUAAACGCAAGAGUCGCUUCAAACGCUCGGAUGGCAGCACAUCUUCUGACACGACAUCCAGCUUCAUCAAACGUCAGGGGUCGGCUGAUUCGUAUACCAGUAGACCGUCGGAUUCAGACCUGUCAGCCGAGGAGGACCGCGAGGCGUAUCGGCGCGAAGCCGAACGCCAAGCACAGCAGCAGCUCGACAGAGCUAAGUCCAAACCUGUAGCAUUUGCAGUAAAGACAAAUGUGAGUUACUGUGGAGCUCUAGAUGAGGACUGUCCUGUCCAAGGAGCUGCAGUCAAUUUUGAUGCCAAAGACUUCCUGCACAUCAAAGAAAAGUACAACAAUGACUGGUGGAUCGGGCGGUUAGUGAAGGAGGGAGCGGACAUCGCCUUCAUCCCCAGCCCUCUGCGCCUGGAAGCCAUGAGACUCAAACAGGAGCAGAAACAGAGGAAAACAGGAGGCAAUUCCUCAAGUUUGGGUGACAUGGUGACAGGGAGCUGGAGGACCACGCCGCCCUCUGCAGGUGAAUCUAAACAGAAGCAGAAACAGGAACACGUCCCUCCCUAUGACGUGGUGCCCUCAAUGAGGCCGGUGGUCCUCGUGGGACCAUCACUGAAGGGCUAUGAGGUGACAGACAUGAUGCAGAAAGCUCUUUUUGACUUCUUGAAACACAGAUUUGAGGGAAGAAUCUCAAUCACCCGAGUAACUGCCGACCUGUCCUUAGCUAAGAGAUCUGUCCUCAACAAAAGACCUAUAAUGGAGAGAUCCAACACCCGCUCCAGCCUCGCCGAGGUUCAGAGCGAGAUCGAGAGGAUAUUUGAGCUCGCCAAAACCCUGCAGCUGGUGAUUCUGGACGCAGACACCAUCAACCACCCCGCACAGCUCGCCAAAACCUCCCUCGCUCCCAUCGUCGUCUACGUUAAAGUUUCCUCACCAAAGGUGCUUCAGAGGCUGAUCAAAUCCAGGGGGAAGUCUCAGAGCAAGCACCUGAACGUGCAGAUGAUGGCUGCAGACAAACUCUCUCAGUGCCCCCCUGAUAUGUUUGAUGUCAUUUUAGAUGAGAACCAGCUAGAAGAUGCUUGCGAGCAUUUGGCCGAAUACCUGGAGGUCUACUGGCGUGCCACCCACCUGCCAGGAAACACUCCUCUGAACCCCUUACUGGAGCAGAGUCUGAUGACCCCGCCCUCUGCCAUCUCCAGCCUCCAGAACAAGAACCAGGCGCAGCCCCGAGAGGAGGUGGAGGGUGACGAAGAGGAGGAGGUCGGCGAGGAGGCCCACUCCCCCCUGGAGCAGGACAGUCUCAUGCCAUCGGACGAGGCCAGCGACUCGCUGUCCCGRGGCCGCAGGGGGAGCCCUUUACACCCGGAGGCUGAGGAGGAGGAGGUGGAGGAAGAGGAGGAGGAGGAUGAGUACGCCUCCCCCUGCCACGGCCGCACGUACAGGGACGCGUACCCCUCCCACCGCGGGCAUCCGGGCAGCACCCGCAGCCACGAGUCCCAGGACAGGCUGCUGCAGCGGCAGGCUCAGCAGGGCCACAACCAGAGGAUGAACCGUCAGCGCAGCCGCCCCUGGCCCRGAGACAACUACUGAGACCAGGACCCUCCCCCUUCCUCUGGCCUCCAGGUCAACAUCAACACCCCCCCACUCGAGCCCCCUGACUGUCGCACAGUCCUAAACUAACUACUUAAAGGUGGCAAAACCAAAAUCCGCGUUCCUGUCAGUCAGACACAGUUAGUUUCCAGUUGAACAGGGCUAACUCACCUCSGCUACACAAACGUCCCACUUUAGCUGCUCCGCCUGAAGUUUCUCCACUGUAGGACGUCUCAUAACUCUGGCCUUAAAAUUCCUAAGACUUCGAAUCCUCUUUACUAUUGCAUGUGUAAUUGUUUUAGGACUCUUUGCACAUUGCGGCAGAACAGGAAGUGAAUGAUCUCUACAGAUAAACUAACAUAGGAAUGUUCCGUGUUGAAACCUUGGAUGGGAAACUGUAAUGCAUUUAAUUACGAUGUGUAUAUAUUGAACGGGCACUCGGUUUUGUUUCAUGGCUACUUUUAUGUUUCACUUUGUCGACACUGACAAACGUUUGUACCAUUCURGUGUUUGCUGAGRMAUGYGAGGCGGCCUCUGAACUGUCACUGAUGGUGCUGAGGCUGCACCGACAGCGCCACCUACGGCGCAGGAGGUUCACUUGCUGUUGCACAAUCACACUCCGACACUUCGACAAGGCAAACAGGCACACAGAAUGUAAAUGCAGCCGAGGAAGGGCAUGUUUUGAGGAGAUGGAUGUUUUUAUUUUUAUUUUUUGUUUUUUUUUUGGCCAAAACGAUUGUUUACAUUCAGUCGUUCACGUGAACCAAGCACACGCCGCUCGGCUGCAGCGCUCUGACGAAUCAAAGGCUUCACAGAAUGUACGCUCGCAUGCCUUUCUUUGCACCUCCACCCGGCUUCCCCACUACCACCAUUCGAUUGUAGCACGUUACUGAUUGUAGCAUCCACGACUCCCGCACAGAUCGCACCCUCUGUGUGUCAAACACUGCAUCGUGUGUGCAGCUGGGUUUGUACAAAGAUAGACACUUCAGUCCCACUCGCAUGCACGCGCACACACACACACACACACACACACACACACACACACACACACACACACACACACACACACACACACACACACACACACACACACAGUCGCCCUCAGCUCCACGUCACAAAUGUCACAGCCUCCCGGAGGAAGACUCGUUCCGUUCACCUCAUUCCGUUUCCUGCAUCACUCCUCCGUUCCGGCGACACACGAGGUCAGCAUUUUUUUCUCGUUUCCUACUUCCACGCAUCACUUUAUAUAUUUAUCUGGUGUUCUGUAUAUUUAAAGAGAGGUGGGAGGGGAAAAAAAGCAGCAUGAUUUUAAAAAAAGAAAAAGAAAAAAAUCUAUGCAAGUGUUGCAUGAAAUCUGAUUAUUUUUUGUUUGUUUGUUUGUUGUUUUUUUUUCUAGUAACACAUUGGUUCUGACUCUCCUUGUCGUCUCGUGGUGAUAGUCUUGUCUUUGAGGCUACUCACUCUGCGCUACAGAAACUAAAUUUUUAUUAAUUUUGUUUUCCCACAAAAUAUAGUCUGUUGGACGCUCUCUUUACGGAGCCCCCUCGAGGACAUCUGGAUUAUUUUCUUUUUAUGUUACCUCACAAAGUUUUGCGUUCUCAGUGUAACUGUAAUGUUCUGUUUUAACUGUACUUAAGACAUUUAUUUUGAAAUAUCCGGAUGUGUCACCGUAAGUUAGGGAAGUAGACGGUGAUAUGUGAUAUGUUUACGUUGAUCAUUUCGUGGUUACAAAUGGACAGAGUGGCCGGGUCGCAGCUCACAUGGGAUGAACGCUCAGGCUGCCAGUGAAAUUUAACAAAUUUAACUGGUAAAUUUAUGCCUGAUGUUUUUGCUCUGAACUGAUUUGUGUUCAACUUUCCUGUAAGAUCAUAGAUGAGAUUUUUCACAAAUAACUUU